UCUUUAUAGUAAUUAUCAAUAUAUUCAAUAAGUAUUUUAAUACAAUGGACUGCCAAUGCUAAUCUAUAAAUUUGCAGGUUUUAUACAUGCUAUCCUCUCACAUUACUCGAGUACUCAGUAAGUUAUAGUGAAAGAUAUGAUACGCGCUGCAAUCGCAAUUGCGGAUCGAUAUCGACGUAAACACAGUGAACAAAUUUGUUAACCAAUUCUCUUUACAGCAACAAAGUGCAAAACUCGACGCGAAAAAAUAUAUGUUUAAUAAAAAACUCGCUUGAGCAGCGCAUUUUUCAUUCACGAUGUCUGGCAUGAUACUCUACACCGUAUUUGGUAGCAACGUUUCGACAACUUUAAAGAUCAAAAAUUGAGUGAGUCAGCUCGUAGAUUUCUGAAAAUAUAGGAAUAUAACUCCAAUUCGUUGUCGCGAAACUGAUAAUUUUUCGAUCAUUAUGCAAUGGCGAACGUCGUUGACGUCGCGAAAAUUUAAUCGCCGAGCCAUUUCGAAGCGGCGAGGAGACCAUUACGUUUUCCACCUGCGGGCGCGUGUGUGCGCACGAUAUCGUUUAAUAGAUAAGCCUACGUAAGACGUUUGCGCACGCGAGGAUAACAAUCGGAAUACCUAACAAUAGUGAGAUGCAGUCGGUGAUAAUCGGUUCGCACCCGGUUUCACGAACUGCGCGAAAUUAAUCGUGUUGUUUGUCAACGGCGUCCUGGAAAAGCGCAAUCAACAGCGAAAUCGCCAAGUGAUCUAGAUUUUCCCGAAUGGCAAGUAAUCUUGGCGACGAGACAGUCAUCCAGUCCACCAGCCGACUUUCCAGCGUGAGCUGCAGCGCGCACGGACAAUUCUCUGCUGCACCUCUCAAUUUACGAAAGGAAGUGACUCGGAGGAAAUAACUUGAUAUUAUAACGAGUAUUGUCCAAAGUCGAUCUUAGGAUCGAGUCUUGGAAUUGGGACUCCCACCUAUCAGACAUUGGAGAGAUGGCGCACAUGCAUACGUCGACGAGGUAGACAGACAAGCACCCGACGAGGACAAGGAGGAGGCACUGACAAUCGAGCCACGAGCUUUAUCAGUCAAGCCGAGUCGUGCACGACACACGAACACGACCUUGUGCUCUCUCGAAAAUCGCCAAGUCCCGGUUCAAUUCAUUCAGUACGCGAUAUCUCACGACAACGCUGGAAACCCAGACAGAGUACUCGAGCCUUUCCUUGCGGGUUGCUCGCAAACGGCGCGGAUCGCGUGGACGGACGCACGUGGUAGCACCGAAGCACGUGGAACACGCAUGCGGAUCGCCAUCGGAACUGGAAUCCUCAUCCGGACUGGCAUCAUCGUCAAAAGCGGGUACUCCAAAAGCAAAGGUUUCAUCGGCGAAGCUAGACACGCUGGCGCAGAUUCGCUGUGAAUUUCCUACCCUUUACAGAUCGAAGCUUGCGGAGGCAGGCAGAUCCGACGUGAGAUUGUCGCAGGUCGAUCCUAAGGCUUGCCGCACGAGGUAGUGCAACGACGACGUCGAACGUUAAUUCUCAAUCUCAGUACGUUAAGCGUACGUUAAGUUUUAUCACAAGUGCGCUCACGAGACCUGCACCGAGAAGCUUUCACAAAAACUCAAGAUAUGGUUGCUUUUUCGGAAUCGAUGGAGCCGACGUUGCUGAACGGCACAGGCACCACGCCGCAAAAUAGCAACGGGAACAGCAAUGACAAUCUGACGGACGACGUAAUGAAAGUGAGGGAUCAGGCCUUCACUAUACCUCGUGUCACGAUACCGAGCAGCAAGGACAAUUAUGCGCUGAAAUUCGAGCGUAUCGAUGACAAGAAGAUGAAUGCGAACAGUAUCAAUGCGGAACCCGUUUUCGUGCAAAAACUCGCCGCUGGCUUGAAGGCGCCGAGCGGCCCGAAGGACAAGAAAGACAUGUCCGGCGACGGUGGCACAAAUGGUUCCUUUUCCAGCGAAAGUUCCAUAGUGACAAUCUCGUCGACCGCCACCUUGGACCCUGAUCCAGAUCGUAAUGGCCCAAACGCACAGGGGGAUAAAAGAGACAUUAGGAACGAGAGAUGGUACCACACGAUCCUGCAAGUAUCGGUGCCUUUCUUUAUUGCGGGUUUGGGUACCAUCGGUGCCGGUCGUGUCCUCACUGACGUAAAGGACUUGCCCGCUUUCAAACAAGUUCCGCAAUUGUUGAUCCUGACCACAGCGCUACAGGGUCUGAAGGGUAAUCUCGACAUGUGCCUAGCGUCGCGUUUAUGCACCCAGGCGAAUUUGGGCAAUAUGAUAAGUUGGCGGGAGAUCACUAAGAUGAUCAUUGGGAACAUUGCGCUAGUGCAAGUCCAAGCGAUCGUUGCGGCCAUCUGUCUUUCGCUAUUUGGCAUGGGAGUGGGUGCACUUAACGGCAAUGGCUUCGCCUGGGAUCGCGCAUUGCUGCUAGCAGUCUCUUGCAUGUGCACGGCGACUAGUUCCUGUUUUAUCUUAGAUUUCGUUAUGAUAGCUGUGAUCAUGAUAUCCUACCGAUGUAACAUGAAUCCAGACAAUUUGGCGACUCCUUUGGCAGCAUCAAUCGGCGAUGUCGUGUCCAUUAGCAUUCUCUCCGCCGUUGCAUCGGAGUUCUUCGACAAGCUGGACACCGAAAUGUGGGUGCUGUACUUCGUUCUCGGGAUAUUCUUGGUGCUUUUGCCGAUUUGGAUUCUGAUCGUAUUGAAGAACAAGUAUACAAGGAGCGUGUUAAAGUCUGGUUGGAUUCCCAUCCUGUCUGCUCUUCUAAUUAGCGGCGGAGGUGGAUUAGUUCUUGAGAGAAUGAUCCACUCUUAUAGCGGAUCUGAAGUUUUCCAGCCGGUUAUUAAUGGAAUUGGCGGCAAUCUAGUGUCGGUGCAGGCAUCUAGGAUGUCAACUAUGUUACAUCAGUCCUCCAUCAUGGGAAUUCUGCCACCGCACGGCAAGAUUUGGGUAUUCCCAUGGACAGCGCUUUUCAUUGGAUCACCGUACGCCAAGACCGCUAGAUUGCUAGUCAGCAUGGCGAUACCUGGUCAACUGAUCUUCGUCUUUAUCGCCGAUGCGAUGAAUCCAGGCGAUUGCGCAUUGCACACGUAUUUCGUGCUCUCCUACAUUGUCGUUUCCGUAAUGCAGGUAAUGCUGCUGCUGUACGUCGCGCACAUAAUCAUCCACGCGAUGUGGCGAUUCAAAAUCGAUCCCGACAAUUCGGCGAUCCCCUACUUGACGGCAUUGGGUGAUCUUAGUGGAUCGCUGUUACUAGCGUUGGCCUUUUACUUUAUAUAUGAGAUACAACGACCGUACUGCUAAGUCUACGCAGGAAAUCUUCCCUCAUCGAUUUUGAUUAUGCAACAAUAGGAUUGUCAAUCGUACGUCUGCGUCGUCAGCAUACGCCGACACGCGCUAUUCCGUAGCCCUCAUUCAAGUGUUUCGCGAGAUCGGAAGACGAAGGAUGAUCGAACGAUUAACGUAUUCGCGAAAUAGAAAUGACGGUCAUUCAAGAAACACAACAAGAUAUACAUAACGAGAGAAAUACUCAAAUUGCAAGUAGAUAAACGUCUAUGCAAUCAUUUUAAAAUUAUAGAAUAGAGAAGAGUUAAGCAAUUUGUGCGGUAAUCUUGCAGGAAGAUGUAAUCCGCGAUUAUGAAACUCGAGCCAUUCAGGCAGAGUCGCUCAAUCAAGAUCGACGCGAUGAUUAGAUGUAGAAAGCACGAUUUUUUUUCUGAAUUACGCGUCUUAUUUCUCGCGAGCGCAACACGAAACUUUUGCAAAUCAACGGAAUUGUUAUCGAUUCCUAGUCAAUUUAAUAGAGCGAGACAAUAGAAAAAUGCAAAGAACCUGAAAGACACCUCUCUCCGACACUCGCGUGGUCACGGCGAGUGAUAUACGCGUUGCAAAGUGACAUAAACAGGAAGUACAGUCGCGAGUUGCAAUGUGUUUUAAACUUUAAGCGAUAAUCAUCGUAUAUAAGAUUCCGUGGGCGGAAUUGCGGAAAAGCGAACUUGGCUGCCACCAAGAAUUUCCUGCAUUUUCUAAUCGCGAUUAGUAAAUCGCUAAUCAAUUACGUAAUUAUGUAGCGAUUGCGACAAAAGUUUCAAUGGCUCGGUCGAAACAGCGGCUCGAAAUGCGGCCCGAAAUGCGACAUUUUAACUGCACGUUAUGCAGGCGAGCAUUUUAUUACGUUCGUGUCAUUACUCGCGCGUACUUAUUUAAUUACGCAAUACGCGGCCUCCUUGAGACACGCAUUAUGCAAUGCGGAGCUCGGACGACAUCGAUUUAAGUAGUAUUUAAGUAUACGCGUCGUUUAUUCAUUUCCGUGCACGCGGGAAGAAUCCGCAUUUCGAGCAUCCGCUUACAAAGCGAAAUGUUACAGACACGUUGAGCAUCGCGGCGCGAUUGAUACUCCACGCCGCUGAUGAAACUCUUGCCGAAAUCAAAUUUUACUAUCUCUAUAUUUAUUAGGUAUUAAAUAAUUGUUCCCUACUAAAGUUUAGUGCAACGUUAGCGAACUCGUUGCGCGGUGAACCAACGCAGUCCGAGCCGCAUUAAACAGCCGCGACAAUAGCACGGAAAUCGAAAGCCGAGCAGCUCGAGCCGCGUUGGCGAACAUUUUUUGGAAUAAAUUAUUUUGAAAAAUAUAUCUCCGCGAAUGUAUCUCGCGGACAAACGUCUCGCGUUUGAAAUAUUUAAGCGUAUUUUUCAUGUACAUAUAUUUUAAUCGUAUAUUUUAUCGUACGUUUUAUAUUAGCUAUUUCAAUUACUAGCGUUAUCGAAUAACACGUAUAUCGAUCGUUAACGAUCGUGGAUCAAUGUGCCUACCCAAUAAUGCUGGCGUUUUAGCAAUAUUCGUUAUUGAAUAACGUAAUCGCGGCUAAUUCAUUGUUACUUAACUAUUUGUUAUUCUAGUAGAUGUGCAUACUGCGAUGUACACAUAAUACACGAGAACGAUCAUCUUUUUCUAUCAGUAUUCGUUUUACCAUGGUAUAUCAUGUAAAAAAUGUACUUAUUUAUCGAAUCACAUCGAAUUAUAACCUACGCGGGCUCUUACUUUGCGACUACCCGGUUCCGAACAGUACGCUACUUCUCUCGUCGUUUGUCGCAUGUGUAAUUAACCGAUUUUUAAAUAGAAUUAUGCCUAGCGCAUUCGAAAAAUUCAUUUCGAGCGAUCGAUUCAGCAAGAUUGCAAACAAAAUAACAUGCUCUGUAUAUUUUAUAAUAUAUUUUACUUACCAAGAAA